GCUGCUGCUGAGAUUUAUUUCGCCUCACCUCCCUCGCCGGAGUGACGGGUGACGUUCGAUCUGCGAUUUCUUCGCCAUCGCUCAGAAACGGCUACUCCAUGUAAGAUGUCUUACCACUACUCCCGUGCACCCCUUCCAGAGCAUAAUGGAUGCGCUCUUGCAGUUUCGCGGUAUGCCGCGUUGGGUUGGGGUCAGUCAUGUGCAUGUGUGUCCCAAGGAAAACGGGCCACAUGACUGUUAUAUUCCUUCAUCCGUUCUUCGUUCAUUCAUCCGCGAAUCGCAGAUCCCGUCCCAUCUUUCCAGCCUUUUGUUCGGAUCGGAAGGACCGCUACCUCCACCAGCGUGCGAGGGGGUAUGGCAGGCCAAGUCCGGGCCAGGCCGGGCCCGGCCCAGUCAAGCAGGCUAAAGGCGGGGUGAAGUGCAAGAUAGGUCAUAGUGGAAGAAAAAAAAUUGAAGAAAACAACCACGAGAUGCGACAGGGCAUUUGUAGCAAAUGUCUUCGCCGAUGACACCUUAGGUGUGGUCCGGUCUGGCCGGCUUCUUCCCUGUCAUUGGUAGUAAAACCCUUGACAGGUUCUCUUCCAACGUUAUUCUUUUACCUAUUUCCUCUUUCUCAUAUCGAGUUCAACAAGCAAUCAUCGGCCUGCACCCAUCUC